GCACGAAAAUAAGUCACAUACCAGAGAUAUCUACCGCCAUCAGAUUACUCGCAAUUUGGGUUUCAUCACCGAGUCAGCGUAGUAGACAGGAUUGUUUCCUAGCCAGCGACACGCUAACCAAAUCCUCCACCCAGAACCCACUCGCAGAGUGCUGCACUCCCUCAUUAACCUGUAGCCGGGGAAGGAGAUCAGAGUAAUGGGCACAUCAAGUCUAGCAGGGUCUAGUGAGCGACAGGAGCCUGCUUCUGGAGCCUGGCAUUUGGAGGAAGGGUAAACUAACACUGAGGAUCUCUGCAGAAUCUGCUUAAGGCAACGUAGCUUCUGGAAUGGAAAGGGAACUUGACCUUUCUUAUUUUGUGAGGAAUUCAGCGAAAUCUCAGACAUCUAGGUGUGAAAGAAUGUGGGAGUCACUGGAUGCCCUGAGGUGGCCCUCAAGUCUUCAGGUGGAGGCUGUGAAGAAAGCUCUGCAGGAUCUGCAGAUGAACGUGGUCGAGAUGACUGAUGAAACAGCCACUUUAGACGGUGGAGAUGUGCUCUUCACAGGGCGAGAAUUCUUUGUGGGUUUAUCCAAAAGAACGAACCAACGGGGAGCAGAAAUUCUGGCCGACACAUUUAAGGAUUACGCCGUGUCCACAGUCCCCGUGAGCGACAACUUGCAUCUGAAGAGUUUCUGCAGCAUGGCCGGACCCAACCUCAUUGUCAUCGGCUCCAGCGAGGCUGCUCAAAAAGCUCUUAAGACCAUGCAGCAGAUGAGUGAUCACCGCUAUGACAAGCUGACGGUCCCAGAUGAUCAGGCUGCCAACUGCAUUUAUCUGAACAUACCCGGGAAAGGCCAUGUACUCCUCCACCGAGCACCCGAGGAGUUCCCCGAGAGCGUGAAAGUGUUUGAGAAGCUGAAGGAGCACAUGCUGAUCCCUGUGGCCAAUUCUGAGCUGUCCAAAGUAGAUGGAUGCCUGACCUGCUGCUCACUACUGAUAAACAAGUCGCCAAACCUCUGAGGGCCUGGACUCUGCCUCCGUGCGGCCGGCAAUAAGUGCACACCGCGGCCGCCUCGCCAAUCUCCGUUACCUGACAAUCCAACGCUACGAGAAAUCCAGUCGAGGGCUAAAGUUACUCACAAAUAGUGAAAUCAUUGCGUUAAAUCACAUUAUUCAUCCAAGAAACGCCUUAAAAAUUCUCACACAGAGCCUGAUCGAUCACCCAGUAUUCCAUCAUUUUAUGAAUUUGCUACCAUUUUUACACAAUUUGGGAAGGGGGGGGGGUCAAUUGACUUAAUGAGGGGAGAUAUAUGUACACAAGCGUUUUUUGUUUUUGUUUUUUUGGGCAUGGUCGGGUUUCAAUCGCCAUAUUUGUGUAGGUCCACCCACUUUCACCAACACAAAUGAGGGGCGUGACUUUCCCAUCACAGCCAAUGAGGGACCAGCACUUAAUUGACUUUGUUCAAAGUCCCGUUUUAAGUCUUCUUUUUUUGGUGGGGGACGGGGGGGGGGGGCGCAUGCAAAGUCCCACCAGGAACCUGACAAUUGUCUCUCCAGUCUUGGCUGGUCUCAUCCUAGGGACCUUAUGUAUAAACUUCUUCAAGCAUAGUGCCCAAAGUCCAGCUUUUAUUGUUUUGUAUUGCCCUAAAAGGGUUGUCCAUAUUAGAAAAAAAAAGGGUCUGUUUCUAU